AUGGCUGCUCGCGACGCGUCUUCGAGUGUUCUCACCGAGCAAGACUGGCCUUCGCCUCGUUCGGUUGAUGAGGGGGAGGAGCCCGUUGACCAAGGUUCACAGGCGAUCCCGACUGACGACGUUAUCGACCUCGCUGCGCUCUCUCGCCUCGAACGUCUUCCUACCGAGAUUCUCACUGCCAUCAUCUCUUACGACCACCUCAGCUGGAACGACUUCGACGCCUGUUCUCGAGUUUCUCGCCGAAUUCGCCAGAUCGCUCUUCCCGAACGUGGCAGCCUGCCUGCGCUUCCCAUUAUACUAGCCCGCACCGAACAUGACGAGUCGGAAAUCGUCGAAGUGCCCACCUCUGCGUGCCACUACAAGCGUUCGCUGAAUGACGAUGAUCUGUGCGAGGAAAUCCGGAGGGUUGAGAUCUACAAGGUGCGGGGGCCUGAAAACAGCAUCGAGCUCCUUGAGGAAUGGGACCCAACAUUCUUCGAGCUGCGUGGCAUUGCCUCGCACGAGAAGGACAUGUACGAAUACCUCGCUGACGCUCGGGCCGACGAAUUGAUCGCUGAGUACGGCGUCGGAGGAGGAGGAGGCUGGGAAACGCCUCAAGUUCGACGGUUGUGGGAGUACCAGUCCCUGAACGACUACGAGGAACUCGUCAAACUGGCGCCAUUCCUUCGCGAGUUCGAAGUUGUUGACGGUCUUGAUGAAGGCAGUCAGGCGGACGUGAGGGAGGCGUUCGCGAGGAUCGGGAUCCGGUACGAGUCGGAGUUCUAG